AUGCAAGCUUCACCUAGUGACUCCAUCAUGAAAAUGGAGAGCUCCAAGGCGCCGUGUAAUGAGGAAGCUUGGGAUCUCGAGGAAACCUACCCCGAAGAAAAGAAGCGCUCCGGAGUCCUCAAUGUGAUCGUAUCCGGUCUUGCGCUCUUCAGCGACGGAUACAAUGCUCAGAUAAUUGGAUACAUGGAACCGUUGUUCUCCGUCCUUUACGUGAACGGCAUGUCCUCAACCAUUAAAUCCCGCCUCUCCAAUUCAUACCUCAUCGGUGAAAUUUUCGGCAUGCUCUUCUUCGGUGUCCUGAUUGACCGCAUCGGCCGUCGGACAGGUGUGGUGGUAGCUACGACCUUUUUGAUUCUCGGUGUAGUCUUGGCUACUGCGGCGCAUGGAAAAUCAGAGCUCGGAAUGUUCUGGAUGAUGAUUGUUUCAAGAGGUAUCGCAGGAUUUGGUGCAGGCGGAGAAUAUCCGGUCUGUGCAACCAGUGCCACCGAGGCUGCGGAUGAGACUCCUCAGCUCCGCAAACGACGUGGUUUUUUGGUCGCAGCGACAACUGAUUUUGCUGUGGAUUUGGGCUUCGUCGCUGCGGGCAUUGUUGCUCUCAUCAUUUUGGCCUGCUACCACCAACAAAACUCCGAGGGUGUCUGGAGAAUCGCUUUUGGCCUUGGUAUUGUGUUGCCAAUCUCGAUUUGCUUUUUCCGUAUUCGCAUGAUCAAUUCCACUCAAUACCAGAAGCAUUCUAUCAAGUCCAGCUACCCAUACUGGCUGGUUCUCAGGCGUUAUUGGAAGCCCAUGCUUGGCACUUCUCUGGCCUGGUUUUGCUACGACUUCGUCACUUAUCCAUUUGGUCUGUUUUCUUCUACUAUCGUUGAGCAACUGAACCCAGAUAAUACCACUGUCCAGAACAUCGGAUACGGAACCGUGAUUAACUGCUUCUACCUGCCUGGCUGCAUUAUUGGUGGACUUCUAAUGGAUAAAAUCGGUCGCAAGCAGAAUAUGACUCUCGGAUUCAUGCUUUGGGCAAUUUGGGGUUUUAUUCUGGGUGGUGCCUUGAAGCCUAUUUCGAGUGUCUUUCCCCUUUUUAUUGUUAUGUAUGGCAUCUUUCAAGCUCUGGGUGAGAUGGGUCCUGUAGGCAAGGCUGGUGCCUCUAUCGGUACAGAAGUCUUUACGCCUAUUCAGAACUCUUUCUCGUCUACUGAAAAGGGUCAGCAGGCAGUCUUUCUGAUUGGUGCCGCCUUCACUGUGGUCGGCGGUCUUAUUUCUUGGUUUCUGAUCCCUGACAUGUCUCGGGAGCUGGAAACUGAGGAUGCUCGUUUCAAGGCAUAUCUUGAGGAGCAUGGGUAUGACAUCGGCUCCUAUGGUGAGGCUCUUGUUAUCAGUCAGCGGGCUUCUUGA